GACGAUGUGGGAAUCAAACCCGCCAAUCUCAGGAUUGCGGUCCCUCUGCUCCCUCCGCCACUGACUCGUCCGGAGCGUCAUCCGCUGUCCCGAGCCUCAUCCGACUCACCACCGUGCUGGCUACUCUGCGCAAACAAAAGCAAACUCUGGGACAUGGACAUUCCGUUCCGCCUUGCCUCUAAACACCAGAUGCCAGCCGUCUUGGCCGAACAAAGAACCACAAUUCUGAAAUUUUCUAGAAGGCCGAGAGUUCUUCAGAAACACGGAUCCAAACCCGAUGCUUUCUGCUCAACCCAACCAGCCAGACUCCGCUGGCCGCCUCGCCUGGCCUCGCCACCCCGAGCCGGCGUCCUCCUUGUCACGAGCAGGCAUUGCCAAGACCUUUCACCAACUGCACACGCCUCAACUCAUGCGCCCUCCGGUUCUUCUCCGGGGCCGAGCCCGCUCUGGACCCUACAUUUCCGUCCAUCUUUGCCCAAUGCUCCUUCUUUGUGA